AUCAUCAUGGAGGUUUGGUUCGUCGUCCUCGUCUCUGUCUCUCUCUGCCUUCUUCUCAGAGCUUUCUUCAACCUUCUCCUUCCUUCUUCCUCUCCUCCUCUGCCUCCUGGUCCUCUCCGUUUCCCCUUCAUCGGUUCUUUCACUUUGCUGGGAAAAUCACUCUUACAACUCGAACCCACUCUCCGAAGUCUUCACGCCAAGUAUGGCCCCAUCGUCAGUCUCCCUCUCGGUCCUCGUCCUGCCAUAUUCAUUGCUGAUCCAUCUCUUGCCCACCAAGCUUUCGUCCAAAACGGCGCCGUCUUCUCUGAUCGUCCCGAGCCAGACCCUUUUACGAGGUUAAUCGACAUUAACCUACGUACCAUUCGCUCUUCUUUCUACGGUCCAGCAUGGCGCUUGUUUCGUCGAAAUCUCACCACCGAGAUGCUUCACCCGACCCGGAUCAAAUCAUUUUCCGGGGAACGUAAAUGGGUUCUGGACAUGCUUCUCAGUCGUCUCAGGUCUGACUCAGAAUCAAACAAGCCCAUUAUGCUGAUUGACCAUCUCCGUUAUACUAUGUUCUCCUUGAUUCUGUUCAUGUGCUUCGGUGAGAGGUUAGAUGAAAAGAAAAUCAGGGAUAUAGACUAUGUUCUUCAUCGUUUUCUUUUGGACUUCUACAAGUUCAAUGUGCUAAAUUUCUGGCCAAGAGUGACCAGAAUAUUGUUUCGCAAACGCUGGGAGGAUUUGCUGCAACUGUUAAAGGACCGAGAAAAUUUGAUAAUUCCACUGAUAAGAGCGAGAAAGAAAGCCAAGGAAGAGAGAUUGAGUAAGACGACGAAGGAAAGUAGAAGUACUGUGUUCUACAUGGAUGCAUUGUUGGACUUGGAGUUGCCUGAGGAGAAGCGCAAGCUAGAAGAAUCUGAAAUGGUUUCGGCAUGCGCAGAGUUUCUUGAUGCAGGGACAGACUCAACAUCUGUUACACUACAAUGGAUUCUGGCAAGUUUGGUGAAGUAUCCUCAGGUUCAACAAAGGCUUGCGGAUGAAAUAAGAGAAGUGAUGGGUGAAAGAGAGGACAAGGAAGUGAAGCAGGAAGAUUUGAACAGAUUGCCAUAUCUGAAAGCUGUGAUUUUGGAGGGAUUAAGGCGUCAUCCACCUACUCACUUCCCACUGACACAUGCAGUGUCAGAAGACGUGGUUUUGAAUGGUUACUUGGUGCCAAAGAAAGGGACUGUGAAUUUCAUGUUGGCAGAGAUGGGGUGGGAUCCAAAGGUGUGGGAAGAUCCAAUGGAGUUCAGGCCUGAGAGGUUCUUGAAUGAUAAUGGUGAAUGGAAUGGUAUGGAAUGGGAUGCAAGUGAAGCAUUUGAUAUUAAAGGAGGGAAAGAGAUGAAGAUGGUGCCAUUUGGGUUAGGAAGAAGGAUGUGCCCAGCUUCUAAUAUGGCAAUGCUUCAUUUGGAGUAUUUUACAGCCAAUCUGAUUUGGAACUUUGAAUGGAAGCCUGCAACUGAUACUGUUGAUUUGUCAGAGACACAGGAAUUCUUGGUCGUCAUGAAAAAUCCAUUGCAGGUUCACAUAUCUCCCAGGCUUUAGAAGCAUAAUGCAAAAUAAAUGAAAAUCUAUGUAUGUGUUUGGGUUAAUUUGAGUGGUUUCAUGUUAUAUAUGUAAGAUUAGAACUGUAUUUGAGAAUUUAAUUUCAGUCUGCAAGUGAGUUUCCAAACACAGGCUUAGCAGUUGAAAAAAACGUGAGUUGUUUGGUGGCUUAAUAUUUAAUGAAUAAUAUAAUGAAAGCAUUUUAGUGUGAUU